ACGCGCUUCCGUAAAGCAGUGACAAAGAUGGCAGUCGCCGGACAAGGCGUGAAAGUUCCCCGCAGCUUUCGGCUGCUGGAGGAACUGGAGGAAGGUCAGAAGGGAGGUGGAGACGGUACAGUGAGCUGGGGCCUUGCAGAUGAUGACGACAUGAUGCUAACUCACUGGAAUGGCAUGAUCAUUGGCCCUGCCAAGACUGUCUAUGAAGGCAGGAUCUACAGUCUGAAAAUAGACUGUGGAUCCAAAUACCCUGAGCAUCCUCCUCAUGUCCGCUUUGUGAACAAGAUAAACCUAACUGGUGUGAACAGCUCAAACGGUCUGGUCGACCUAAAGGCUGUAUCAUCACUGUCCCGGUGGAAGAAUUCCUACAACAUCCGGACAGUGCUGCAGGAGCUCAGACAGCACAUGAUGAUGAAAGAAAACAACAGGCUCUCCCAACCACCUGAGGGCCAGGUGUACAACAACUGAAGUUCCUGCUGCUGUUCAUUACUCUCUGACACAUACAUACAUGUAUACACACACACACACACACACACACACACACACACAUAUAUAUAUGUAUAUGUAUAUAUAUAUAUAUAUAUAUAUAUAUAUAUAUAUAUAUAUAUAUAUAUAUAUAUAUAUACACACACACACACACACACACACACACACACACACACACACACACACACACACACACACACACACACACACACACACACACACACACACACACACACAAGACUCUCUGCUCCCACUUCCUCCUUCGGGAGCCUUCCAUUGGACGGAGAGAGGGAUGUGCAGGUGAACCCCGAUUCCUGACCUGGUGCCCAAUUAUUCUUUGAGGUUCACAGUGCAGACCAGACAUUACAAAACAAGAAUACUGUACAUCUUACUAUAAUGUUAUUUUUUAUGAUCUUUAUGUUCUACAUACAGAUUGUAAAAUGACAAAUGACUUGAGUGUACCAAUUAUGUGUGUUUUCUGGGCUUUUCACAUGUGGUGACAGUUAGUCCCUGAUGUAUGGGUAUCUUGAGCCAUUUUUCCAUUCAAAGUACUUUAGUUCCCAGGAAUAUUUUCAAGGUUCCUUCUUACUGUUGGUAGCUUGUCAUUCCAGUGUCAAGAUUAGAGAAAUGCAAUCCACUAAUGACUUUACAGCUAUGAUGCUGUGACAAAACAAAGGACUACAACAACAGUGAGCAUGUCUUGCUGCUGCUGUUCACUGUGAUUUAACACACCGUCAGUGUCAGUGCAUUGAGUAAAUGUUAGAAGAGAAAAGCAGCAACAGCAGCAAAUCAUGUUCAAAAUGUCUAUAAUGGAUUGAAUGAAAAAACAAACCACUUCUGUAACCCCAGCUACAAUAGCGCACUUCAUUUUUGGGAUACUUGAAAGAUUUCCCUGAAAUAGAAAUAAAAAUCUACCCUUUGCUUCUGCGAUAUCCCAAUGAUGUGAAUUUGAGGGGCCUUCCUUAAACAAGUGUAUAUCCGGUACACACAAUUAAACUGCUACUAGACAUUCGUAUCUAUCAGCAGGGCACUGCUGGCUCAUCACUCGUGUUCUCAGGCUUGUCUUCUGUGUGCCAUAGCGCUUUGUGAUGGUAAUUAAUUAUUAGCAGCCUGUGGAAUGAGGGAAAGGAAGGGUGGGGCGGGGGGGGGGGUCGACGCUGUGGGUGGGGUGCUUCGGGUCCUUGUGCUUUCCGUGUUCGGCACUUUUUCGGGAUCAUCACUGUACUGUGGAACAGGAGCAGCUGUGAUUGUUGUUGUUUUUGUUUUGUUUUUUCCCUCCCGUUUUGGGUUGUUCACUUUCUGGCCUGACCUGUGUACAUUCCAUGGAGUUGUCUGCUCUCAUUCAGUGAUCACCCACUGAACACAAUGUACUUGGAUGUUUAUUUUAUAACAGGGGUUGAAUCUAAUCAGGGUUAUGGUGACCUGUUGCAUGGUUUUAUUUGAAUUAAACAUUAUUACUUUUCCA